AUGGCUGUCCCGUUGAAAACCGCGCGAGUGCCACAUGAAGACAUUGAAGUUUCAGACGCCGGUGACUUCACUAUCCGCAUUAACGAGUUCGACCCAGCGAUCAAGCAAGACGAACGUGACGAUGCUGACGAGGCAGGGGCCAAGGGCCUUGUGCGAACAGCGUCCCUCAAGGUCCAAAAGGAGGACAGUAUCAUCCUGAAUGAAGAGACUGUUCGAAGUAUGGAGCUCUGGCUCCGUGUGUUGCACUCCACAACCGACGCUUUGCCCAAGCAAUCUCUCUCUGUCGAAGAAGUUUGGCACGCUAUCAUGGCUGGGGACAAGUACGGCUUCGAUCUCCUAGAACUACAAAUAUGGUUCGUCGCUUGGUAUAAGGAGAUGAGGAAUGCGAGUGGAAAGAAGGCGUUCUUGGAGGAAUUUGCGCCGCAAUUGCUCUUCCCUUGCUACGCCUUCAAUUACGCUGAGGGUUUUCAGGAGUUAACUAGAUUCAUGACUUAUAACGAGCCGCGGCAUAUCAUGGAAUUUAACCCCACGCAUCAUCUGCAGAUGCACCUGCGCCCUCGAAUUAUCCAACAAUUGAAUGCCGCGAAAGGUCGCCUGCGCACGAUGCUACACCAGGCUUUGUUCAACCGCGUCAAUGAGAUUAGCGACCGCGCAACAUGCGCAUGCAAAGAGCAGACCGUUUUUGAUUUUCUUAAGGAACUUCGACGCAUUGGCGUCUCGCCGCUGGACCUGAGCAGCACUAAAGCAAGUGUUGCGGGAAUGCUUGACCGGUUGCGACAAUACGAUGGGACAAACGUUCGUUCUCAUGGUCCCUCUUCAAAUGAUACUUCGCUUAAUCAAUCACGUCAAAGACGGUGUUCUGUGUGCUGGCUCGACGGGGGCACCAUCGUUCAAAAGGCCAUCGGGCGGGUUUCCAGCUAUUUUGAUGGUCUAUGCCUUGACUGCAUGGAUCGUACAAAGGAUCUUCGGGUCGAGGGAAAUAAAGACCAAGACUAUUGGCUUCACAACGAAUGGAAGGAAUCUUAUGACAGGUGCUGCCGCAUCUCGCACGGCGAGCCCACCUGGUAUUUCAGUUUCAUGGGACGCAAGGAGAAGCGCGGCCUCAUCGCCGAGUAG